AUGGAAGGGGAAGGAGCCCGUGGCCGUGGCCGUGCUCGUCGUAAGCUAGUUCUAGGCAGAGAGGUCGACCUUAUAAGCACCCUGCCGGAUGAUCUGCUUCUACGGAUCCUCCACCUCGUCCCCUGUACUCGUGGCCUCUGCCCCGCCCGCGGCUGCGCUCGCGCCGCAUGGAUCAACACCACCCUCUCCACCCGCUGGCGCGCCCUCUUGAUCCACCUCACAGAUCUCACCUACCACGAUGCCCGCCCACAAAGUGUGCUCUCCUCGAUCCAUCGCCGAGUCGCCCACGCCCUGCCGCCGCCGACCGCCGCCGCCGCGGCAAACCUCAAUCCGCCGGUUCAGCCACCGGCCAUUGCCGUGCCUCACCUCGAUAUCUGUGUCCCUUCCCCGUACCAUAACCGGCCCAUCUUGACAACCGAGCAGCGUUCUCAUUUCGAAAAGGGUGUUCGCUCGCUGCUCGGCGCCGCCGCGAAGCUCGCUCCGUCCGAUCUCCGCUUUGCCGUGGGAGGAGACCCCUACCCUGGCGGCAUCCAAGUGAACGUGCCCUGCUUCCACCGCGCCACAUCCAUCGAGCUGCAAGGGCUGGACCUUGCGUUCGCCGAGUCGUCACCCAAAUGCUUCCCCUCGCUUCAGAGGCUCGUCCUCUCCGGAUGCCGCGCCACCAUAAGCAACUGGGUCCGCCGCUCCCCACGGCUGCUCGUUCUCAGAGUCAGCACGGUCACCAAUGAUGGCCUCAAAAUCAUCAUCGUCAGAUCCAAGUCGCUGCAGGAGCUCAGCGUGGAGACCAAGAUCCCGUUUUUGAGAAAUAAGCCGCCCCUUUUAGAUAACGUCAACAUUGAGGCCCCUCUACUCAAGCAAUUGACCAUGUCCUUCGCCGCCGGCGGCUAUUAUAACAAUUUGUUGGUCUCCGUUUCGGCGCCACUGCUGGAGAAGGUCUCCUGGAAGUGUGCUUACUUCACAGUCGCUGCCGGGCUUGGUCGUUGGGGCCUCUUGCAUGUGGGAUUAAAGCCGGUGGAGACCAACGGACAGGAGCUCAUAUAUGUUUUCAGGGGCAGCACAAGAGCUCAGAUUUAA